AUGUCGCUUUUCUAUCCGCUAACUCACAAUUUCAAUUUGUGGCCAGAUGCUUAUGAAUGUCGAGUGGAUUUUAAAAGAUCUAAAAUUUCCUGGCCAAUUUUUGGGAUUUAUUUAAUGGCUUCCGGUUUGAUUUUUAUGAUUUUAUACAUUCCCUGCUUCAUUUCCCUGAUAAAACACAAGGGUAAAACUCCAGCUUAUCAGUUGAUGCUGAUUUUGGCAAUUAUUGAUAUUCUAUCCUUAUUUACAAAUUCCUUGGCCUCUGGAUUCUUAUCAUUUUAUGGAAUCCAUUUUUGCGAUUCUCCACUUUUCUUUUUUAUCAUUGGAGACUUUGCGAGUGGCGCUUGGAUGACUGGCUGCUUGGCAUCAAUUUUACUCGGCAUGGAACGGUGCACAGAAAUUAAUCCCAAAUUUUUAUUCUCGUUCCUAUUUGAGAAAAAUGUGUUUCGAGUUGUGAAAUGCGUUUUAUUGGUAUAUGGAAUUUAUUCAAUGGUUUUUAAUAAGCCUAUGUUUUUUAAUCCGGACUGCAGCUGUUUUUUAUCCGAUCCAAUGAUUGGCAAAGAUCCAAAUCUCUACCCAAACUUCGCACAUGCAGCUAACAAUGUGAUUGCCGCUGUACUGACCACAUUUUUAUAUUUUUAUUUAUGCUAUUUUUUGAUUUUCAAACACGGAUAUUCAACAUCGAUGUGGUUGUAUAAGUCGAAAAGACAGAUUGUUCUCCAAGGUGUAAUCUUGUGUUUUUUUCAUGCCAGUGCUGCUCUCAUUUAUGAAUAUAUGCAACAUUUUUAUUCUCCUCAAUGGCUCAUUAUCACAGGACACGUCGUUUGGCAAUGGAGUAGUGGAUGCCUGUGCAUCGCUUACUUGACCCUUAAUCGAACAAUUCGAGAUGCCGUUUUGAAAUUGGUACUUCCGAAAUGUAUUCGAAAAAAACUGGGAUUGUAUAUUGGAGUUGAGGAGCAUUUAGCCUUGGAAAAUGGAUUGGGAAGUUUAGGGAUCGGAGGGAAAAUGGGAAUAAAUCCUGGAGGUCCGGCUGUCAAAGUUGAUAACUUUUUUCCGGGACAAUUUCCCGGAUAA